GGGGAGUCUGCAGCACUGAGAAGCUUACUGCUCAAUCCACACCUUCGACAGUUGAUGGUCAGCCUCGAUCAGGCGGACAACAAGGCAAAGCUCAUGAGAGCCUGCAUGCAGGAGCCCCUGUUCGUGGAGUUUGCUGACUGCUGUUUAAGGAUCGUGGAACCAUCCCAGAAUGAAGAUUCUUAAGAUGGAUUUAUUGUGCUGCCUGCUCAAGCAUGUGCUGGACUCCCAGACCCUGCCUGCUCCUCCCAGGAGACCAGCCAGUGUGGGGCCCAAGCAAGGGCGGUGCUUUCCAGGAUGUGGAGCAGCUGAC